UAAUAUUGGCGGGUCAAGAUAACUAAGAGAGAUUUUCAUUGGUUAUCGCAUUACCAAAUUAACCAAUGGAUUAUACGAGAAAGAAAGAUAAAUAUUCUAUCAGUUAGAUUGGUUAUUUCAUCCACCCUUUUCUCUGUAAAAUUCGCAGGGAGGUAAUGCAAGUGAAUUGUACUUAGCCUGCAUGGAAGUAACGGUCUGAAAAAUAUAUCAAUAAUAUUAAAUAACUGAUCUGGAUUUCAGGCAUCUUCAUUUAAGGAUUUAUUAAGUGAUUAAUUAAAAAGAAAACGUUAUGGACAAAUCCAAUAGUUGAAUAAACCGAUAAAUAUUUAUGUACACUGCAUAUUUGAACAAAUUUCAAUAAACUGAUUAAUAAAGGAAUGGAACUUCAGACUAUUGGUCCAAUUACAUUAGACUCAUCAAAUUGUACUGAUUUACGUAGAGGACAGCGUGAUUACCAACCAACAACAGUGACGCAAAAAGCUAACUUGAAUACAUGCAAUCCCAGUUCAACAGCAUGCGAAUUCUAUGAUCUCUCAACAACGCAACAAAUAGAAACACGUCAAAUGGAAAUCAAUAGAAACUAUAAUAAUAACAAUACUAUACUUGAAAAAAUUAAAUAUAACUAUCAAGCAUCAUCUACAUUUUCAGCCCCCAAUCCGUCCUCUCCCAAAUUACCACCGUCAAUAUUUCAUUGUACAUCAAAUACUACUAAGGCAUCAAGCAUUACUUCUAUAUCUCCUCCUCCUCCUACUGCUAAUAAUAACAGUAAUAUUAAUGUAAUGAACGCCCCAAAAUCUUCACCUAUAUUGCUGACGAAUAAUCGACUUUCAGAAUUAAUAUCGAAUUGCUAUGAACAACCUACAGCGAAUCUAUCUGUUGAUUGUUCUAAUGAACAAAUAAGCUUAACAAACACUGAAAACUUUCCAUCAAAUACACUAAAUACUUUUGUUAAUAAUAAAAUUAAUAAAUCUAAUCAAAAAGAUAAUGAGGCAAUCUAUUAUGAUCAUGUAUCAUUGAAUAAAUAUUUAAAUGAAAAUAAAGACUCUGUACAGUCUACAUUUUUGAAUCUUCCCACUGCAACAUUAUCGCAUUCAACGAACAUAACAUGUUCAACAUCCAUAUCAUCAUCGUCAUCAAGCAUGAUAGAAUUGUUUUCGACUAUGAAAGAACCAAUGAAAACCAAUAAUAUUUCAACAUUAAACAAUCUACAACAAUCAGCAAGGAAAAUAUCAAGUAGAACACCAUCACCUUCAGUGUUAACUGAACAUGAAUUAAAUAAUAAUCCUAAUAAUGAACAAUAUUUAUCUUCUGAAAUAGAACAUUCUAAGUUGUCUAAUUCUGUCGAGAAUAGAAUUAAAUCUUCAAAUAUAUUAAACAAUGAUAUUAACUUUUAUAAUAAUACUAAUCAAUCGUCAUUAAAUUCUCAACGUAAUUCGGAAUUAAACGUAAAUCUAUCGACAAAUGAUUCAUUGUUGAUAAUUAAAUCCUCUUCCUCGUCCACCUCAUCAUCAUCAUUAUUGUCAUUAAUAUCUACUUCUAUCCCAUCUGUUACACCAUCAAUAUCAUCCACAUCAUCAUCAAUGUAUCAACUGAAUUCCGUGAUCAAUAUGAAUGAACCUACUUGUGAUAGGCAUGAUUUAUAUCAUAAUGAAUCAAUACCAAUUAUGCCAUUCGCAUGUACAACUAUUACAGAGACAGUCAGUACAACUACAUGUUCCAACUUAUCAUCUGUUGAUUUUCCAGUUUGUUCUACACUUCCAAACAGUUCUUGUAUUACUACAGUAAAUUCUAUGCUACCUACAUUAUCAACAUCAAUAAUUGAUCAUUCAAUUAAUAAUAAUAAUUUAUGUCAAAUGAAUAAAUUUAAUUUAUAUCAUUUACAAAAUCCAUAUUUGUUAACAAGUUUAGAAAGUUCUAAGUUUUCAAUUCAAUCUCAUUUAGAACAAUUUCCAGUAAAUCCAAUAAAUUUUGUUACAACAUGUUCGACAAACGUUACUUUUUCUACAAAUACUACUAAUACUGUCAUAAAUACUAAUACAAACAGUAAUAAUAAUAACAUUAAUGGUAAUAAUAGUGGUAAUAGUGAUGAUGAUGAUGAUGAUAAUGAUUGUGUUAGUGGUGAUGGUGGUCAGAGAGGUGGUGAUAGUGACAGUAAUUCAGUAAUCCAGUUAUAUCAACAACAAUCAACUGGUGUAUUAUCAAGAUUCCCUACUCCAUUAACUCUAAUGUAUGAGACUAUGAAUAAUAAAACUAGUAUCAUGAAUAAUUUUCCGAUUUCCCCUAGUGCUCCUACUUUUCCUCAUCAUCACAAUCACCAUCAAAAUCAACAUCAUCAUCAUCAACAUGUUCAUCAUCCAUCUCAUCUUCAGCAUCAGCAUCAUCAUCCCUAUCAACCACCACCGCCACAACAACAACAUCAACUAAAUAGAUAUCAUACGAAUAAUCCAUGUUUGAAUAAUUUACCAAUGAAAUUAUCAACAUUCAACUUGAUUUCAUCAUCAUCAUCAUCAUCGUCGUCGUCACCAUCGAUAACAACAACACAACCGUCAUCAAUGUUUUCAUCAUUAUUAUUAACAACAGAUACAACGAUAGACACUAUGACAACAACCACAAAACCAACAGUAAUUACUAAUGGGACAUUAACACCAACAAAUUUGCAAUCAACUUAUUUUCCUUAUUCAUUUGUCAGUAAUCAUAUGAUUACCAAUAGUAAUAAUAAUUCUAUUAACAAUGCUAAUAAUAAUCUAAUGGAUCGAAUUAAUACAGUAUGUGAUGAAUAUCUACCAUCAGAUUGUAGAUCAUCAGGUGGAAUACGGUCAAGAAAAAAACGCAAACCGUAUACACGUUACCAAACAAUGGUUUUAGAAAAUGAAUUUAUGGGCAAUGCAUAUAUCACAAGACAGAAACGUUGGGAAAUUUCUUGUAAACUGCAUUUGACAGAAAGACAAGUGAAAGUUUGGUUUCAAAAUAGACGUAUGAAGAAAAAGAAAUUACAGUCACGUAAUCAUAAUCCAACUGGUAAUAAUAAUGGAAUAACCAGUAGUCUUUCAGAAACUGGUAAUGAUAUCACCGGUAAAGAAAGUGUUGAAUGUAUGCUAGAAGAUGGUGAUGAUGAUGAAGAAGAUGAUGAAGACGGGCAAAUUGAAGAUGACGAAGAUGACGAGGAAGAAGAAGAAGAGGAUAAUGAGGGGGAGGAAGUGGGAGAAGAUGAGGAAAAGAAAGAAAUUGAAGGCAAUCAUCACCAUCCUCAUGAACAACAAUACAAUCGAAUUAUAAAUAAUUUUGACAGUCAUCGUCAUCACUAUAGCAACAACAAUAAUAAUAAUGAAAUGAACUUAAAAGGACAGUUAAAACAAAUUGCAUUUAUGAAAAAAAUAGAUAAAACUUCGGAUUCAACUAUUGAAGAAUAUGAUGAGGAUUCUGUAAGAAGUGAGAAGUUGAAAAUCGAACAUGAAUUUCUUAAUUUAAGUUCAGACAUCUAUUCAAAUGCAUCAUCAUACUUUAUUGAAUCAAUAAAUGAUUAUGAAGGUAGUCAUCCAUCAAUUACAGAUGUAAGUAAUAAUAAUGAUAAUAAUAAUAAUAAUAAUAAUAAACUUUAUAAUCGUACGAAAUUUAAUAAAUUCUCCCAUGAAUUAUUCCCUCCAUUUUACUAUAAUUCAUCAAUUGAGAAUAAUUUAAUGAAUUCAGAAUUCAAUUUUAAUCCGGUCAAUAUGAAUCGUGAUUUAUUAUUUGAUCCUUUAAAAGAAUCGUUGAGAAACCAAUUAGUUAAUCCAAGUCAAAGUAAACAUUUAAGUUCUCAUAUGGGAUGGCCAUUGGUUAGUAAUAAUAAUAAUAAUAAUAACAUUAUAAAAGAAUACAAUAUGAAUUUAUCGUCACCAUCAUUAUCAACGUCAAUCCCAACAAUAAGAACAUCCACUGAAUCAACAAAUCAUUUCACAAGAUUAUCUUCAUCUCCCAAAUCAGAUUUACAGACAGACUAUCAUCCAAUAUGUUCAAUGUUUAAUAGUUCUUUCCAUCCAACAAUUGAUUUAAAAUCAACUUAUUUAACAUCUAACCGUCGAUUACAACAAAGAGAUGAUGCUCAUCACAACCAUUUGCAUAAACAACACUGUUUAAAUAUCAAUCAAUCUGAAAUAUGUGAUUUUAUACAUUCAAAUGGAAGUUCUAGAGAAAACGAUUCUAUUCUAAAAACAUGUCCAACAGAGAGUUAUUCUCAAAAAUCAUUGAACUGUAGUGAAAAUUUUAAUACGUUACCACAGAUGAAUCCACAUAUUUUGUAUGAUAGUAAUGAAUCAACCGUAGACCUAACUACUAAUACUGUUAUAACCACAAAUAUUAAUACUCCUACAUCAAUAGGUGUGCCUUCAAGAAGCAGAAUGAAUAUUAUGAAUUACAAUUUAAAUCCAUUCACAGUAAAUGACUCUGAUUAUUAUAUGGGUCCAGUAGAGUCUAAUCAUAGUUACACAUUUAAUCUUGACUGUUCACCAAUCUCUCAUUACUCCUUUUUACCUACCUUAACAACGACAUCAGCAUUAGGAACACAAUUAACUACCUGUUGGCCUCCUAUAUCUACAUCAACUACUAAUAAAUUCUUAUCACCUCCUCCAGGGUCAUAUCCCUUACAGUCAACCAAUCCUGAUACGGAAGUGAGUGCUACGGUAUCAGAUGAUAUCGAUCAAAGUAGUGAGUCAUUUUCAAGUAGCAUAGAUCAUGAAGUGUCAUUUCGAAAAAAUAUAUUUCAUUCCUUAAAAAGCUCUACAGCCGAUCAACAUAAUUGUGAAUUAGAUCAAUCUAAUUUAUCUUAUUUACCAACAUCGAUGAACGUAUAUAAUCCAUUCUCGAAAGGUUCACAUAAUUCAAAUCAAUUAAAUUUCUCUGAAAGUAAUGAUUCGUGUACUUUCUCAACUUAUACAUCACAACUUAAUAGUUCAUGUAAUAUGAAUGCAAAUGAAACAAUCAAUCCAUAUUUACCUGAAACAGAUUUUCAUUUGAUUACUGAUCGUGGUCAAGAUGAUCAUUCUAUAAAACGAAAUCCUUCAUUAACACAAUACUCAUUACCAUCUAGUACAAAUUUAUCUCCAUUACAUCAAUUAAAUAAUGUAUUUAAUCAAGUUAAUCAUAGCGAUUUUAAUUCGAUGUUUUAUUCACCAUAUUUGCAUAAUUCAAAUUCAUUUGGUUAUUCAAUAGCUGGACAUGAUAUGUUAACUAUUACCGAUUCAUAUAAUCCUAAUGUUUUAAGUAAUUUAACACAAUCAAUAAAUCAGUCUUUCAAUCAAUCUCCUAAUAUAACUCCUGUUAUUAGUAGUAGUAGUGGUACAUUUACAAUGAAUACUACUAUUCAUUUAAGUAAUUUAUGUAAUACGACCAAUAUAAAUAAUGUCACUCUACCAUUCCCAAUGAUUUCUACGAAUACACAUUCAUUAGACUUAUCUUCUACAUGAUAAGUUUGAAUUCCAAUAAUUGUAUGAAUAUGUAUAUUUUAAAAUCAGUAUUCUAUGAUC